GAAUUCAAACACAAACAACUGCAUGGGGCAGGGGCCCGCCGCGCCGCGCCGCUCCUAGCACCGGGGCCGCCGCCGCCCCCCCCGCGCCGCGCUGCGGUGGGGGCCCGCCGCCUUCCUCCCUCCCCCCCCUUUAUUCCCCCCCCCCCACGCUUUUUAUUUCCCCCCACCCCCUUUAUUUUUUUUAUUUAUUUUUUUUUAAUUUUUUAAUUUUUUUUUUUUUUUUGCCGGGCUCCCAAACUUCGCCCCUUUUUCCCCCAUCCCUUUUUUCUCUCCCCCCCCCCUUACCCCCCCCCCAGCCCUAAUUCCCCCCCCCCCCCACCCCCCCCCGGCAGCCACCAUGUCCCGGUCCAACCGGCAGAAGGAGUACAAAUGCGGGGACCUGGUUUUCGCCAAGAUGAAGGGCUACCCGCACUGGCCUGCCCGGAUUGACGAGAUGCCAGAAGCCGCGGUGAAGUCGUCCUCCAACAAAUACCAAGUCUUCUUCUUCGGGACCCACGAAACGGCAUUCCUGGGGCCCAAAGACCUCUUCCCCUAUGAAGAAUGCAAGGAGAAGUUUGGGAAACCCAACAAAAGGAAAGGGUUCAGCGAAGGCUUGUGGGAGAUCGAGAACAACCCAACCGUCAAAGCCUCCGGGUACCAGCCCACCCCGAAGAAGACCUGCCCCGAGGACGCCGAGCCGGAGCGGGAGCCGGAGGGCGAUGGGGAGAAGAAAGGCAACGCGGAGGGCAGCAGCGACGAGGAGGGGAAGCUGGUGAUCGACGAGCAGUCCAAGGAGAAGAACGAGAAAGCCGGGAUCAAGAGGAAAGCAGAAGAUGCUUUGGAGGACUCCCCCAAACGCACCAAGGAGGCGGAGGGGCAGGAAGGGGAGAAGAAGGUGGACAACGAAGAGGCCCCCAAGGAGGAGCCGAAGCCCAACCCAACCGAAGGGGAGAAGGAGAAGAACAGUGACGCCGCUGGUGUGCCGGACGCCAACGAAGCCAAGCAGGAGGGCAAGGACAAGGCGGAGGAGGUCAGAGACCACAAGGAGAGUCCGUAGCGGCCUCCCCGGCGAGCUGAUCUCCCGCCUGCCCCUUCCCCGCUGGGCUCCCUGGGUGCUGCCCCGUCUCGCCCUCGUCGGCUCGUCACGUCCGCGGCUCCGGAAACGAGAAACAAACCGAAAAAAUGAAAUAAAAAAGAGAAAUGAAGAGAAACCCGGUAACGAUAACCCCUGAACCGACCCGCAUCUCCUGGCCCCGCCGUCGCAGGGCGCAUGCUUUGUAUUAGUGAUUUCUAGGGGGCUGAUCAGUUGAUUUGAAAUAAAAGCGAUUCAUGCCUUUUUAAA